UUUUUGUUUUACUUUGUCAUGUACGAUAUUUGUAAAUAGAAAAGGAAUGCUAUAUUAUUAAAAUGGAUAAACUUUUCUCUCAUUUAACUUUCAGGAAACUAUGUACAGUAGCUUUCUUACUUCGCGUUAUUCUUUUGGUUUAUGGAGAGUAUCAAGAUGCUUAUUUUACAGUUAAAUAUACCGAUAUAGACUAUGUUGUCUUUACAGAUGCAGCUCGAUACAUUACUCAGGGACAAUCACCUUAUUUACGAGAAACAUAUCGCUAUACACCUUUAUUAGCAAUACUACUUACACCUAAUAUAUACUGGUUUCGAUCAUUUGGUAAAUGUCUAUUUGCAUCUGCAGAUUUACUUGUUGGUUAUUUGAUUCAUCGUAUUCUUUUAUUACGUGGUAUGCCUUCAAAGAGUGCAUUAAAAUACGAUGCCCUCUGGCUUUUAAACCCUAUGGUAGCUAAUAUCUCGACACGUGGAAACGCUGAAUCACUAUUAGGAGUAAUGGUACUAGGUACCUUGUAUCUUAUCUUGAAUAAGAAGUUUUAUUCAGGUUGUGCCUUAUUUGGUUUGUCAGUUCAUUUCAAAAUAUAUCCAGUCAUUUAUGCCGUACCUUUAUUAAUGUUACUAGAUAAUCAUUAUUAUGAUUGUAAAGACAGAGAAAACUCUAUGUUUAGAAAAUUAUCUAAUUCCAUUCCAUUUUUAUCGCCUUUACGAAUCCUGUUUGCUGUUUCAAGUGCCUUUGUAUUUUUUAUUUUAACUGGGCUCAUGUUCCAACAGUAUGGCAAUGCAUUUAUACAACAUACCUAUUUAUAUCAUGUUACGCGUGAAGAUCAUCGUCAUAAUUUUUCUAUUUGGUUUUAUCAAAUGUAUCUUGGUAUAGAAAACACACAUCAAUUUAUGGGUCUAAUUACAUUUGUACCUCAAUUAUUACUUGUUACUAUUCUUGGUAUUGCUUUUGGGAAAGAUACAUUCUUCGCUUGUUUUAUACAGACAUUUAUAUUUGUUACAUAUAAUAAAGUUAUUACAUCACAGUAUUUUAUGUGGUAUAUCUGUCUAUUCCCUUUAAUAUUACCAUCAUUAAAAAUUACAUUUAAAUGGAAAGGUCUAAUGCUAUUACUUGCUUGGAUAAUAGGACAGGCUUUAUGGUUAAACUUUGCAUAUAAAUUGGAAUUUUUGGGAAAGAAUACAUUUUUAGAAUUAUGGAUGUCAGGAACAAUUUUCUUUAUUAUUAAUUGCUGGAUUGUAGUAGAAAUGAUACUGAAUUAUAGAUAUGAACCUAUUUAUGGAUCUACUGGACGAAUAAGAUGGGUUUGGGGAAAUGGCGAUCCAGGAUCAAAAAGACAUUGACUUGAUGUCUUUAAUGCAAUCAAUGAUAGCCAAUCAAAUAAUAGAUAAUACAAAACGAGUCAUCAAAUUCUCAGCGAAUAAAAUAAAAAUCCAUCUAACCUACCUGAAAUUUAUUUUUAUUUAUUUAUUUUCUUUGUUUAUAUUUAUUAUCUAUUUUUACCACCUUUUCUUUACCCUUUAUCUU